AUGGAAACCACUAAAAGACUUGGUUGGCCUCAGCCAGCAAGCAUCUGUAGCAAUAUAAAAUCUGAACCCAUUUCCUUUGAGGAAGGUUUAAGCAGCAGCUGCGAACUGGGCAUGGUGAAACAAGCUUCCUAUGAUCAGAACGAAGUGAAGGAACAGUUGAAAGCGUUUGCAUUAAAAAAUGCCGAUUUCUCUUCCUAUUUGCUGUCCGAGCCACAGAAGCCUUUCCCCCAACUCGCUGCUCCGAAAAUACAGACGCAGCACCCACAGCAGCAGCAGCUCUGUGGAAACUACCCGACGAUACACUUUGGUAGCACGAGCUUCAAACGGGCAGCGUCUGCCAUCGAGAAGUCCAUGGGGAUCUUAGGAAGCGGCUCGAGCGCCGCCGCGGGCCUCCCCGGCCAGAGCGCCCCGAUGCCCGUGCAGAAAUUCGCUGACAGCAGCAACGCGGACGAACUGGAAUUGAAAUGCUCCUGCAGGCUGAAAGCCAUGAUUGUGUGCAAAGGCUGCGGCGCCUUCUGUCACGAUGACUGCAUAGGGCCUUCCAAACUGUGUGUAGCUUGCCUGGUCGUACGGUAGAAACCGGAUCAAAGAUGCAGUAUCCCUUGUGUGUCAGCACGGGAGAGCAGGACCCAGAAACGGAGCAAUUGUGACAGG